UACCAGCCUGUGGCAGUGUUUGCGACUAUAAAUGGAUCAAAGCAAUUCAUUGCUGAGGCACUGCAAAUUGUCAAGGAUUGGAAUUCAGAAUGGAAACCAACUUUCUUUUUCACUGAGUUCUGUGAUGAAAUAAAUUCACUAAAGGAAACAUUUCCAGGGAAACUUUCAAAUGGUCCAGAUCAUCCAAAUAAUGUUUUGAAUGCUGAAGAUAAAUUGCAAGAAAGUUUGGAAAGCAAUCGCAAAGAUCCAGCAUCAGAAACCACAAUGUCGGAUAACAGGAAUUCAGUGACAGUAGAUGGACUUGAAAUUAAAGAGGAGAGUGAUACAUAUUUCACAACUGACAGUGACAUAAUGGAAAGAGUGGAGGAGAGAGAGGAUGAUUUGAUUAUGUGUAAGAUAAAGGAUGAAGUGACCGUUAAAGAAGAAAGCAUAGACGCAGAUGUUGAAGAUAAUUCAUACACAUAUGAAAAUUGUGAAGACCCAUUAUUAACACUUGAAUGUAAGAGUUGUGGGGAAGUGUUUGUGACAAUUAGUGAUUUGGAGACUCACACAAGAAACCAGCAUGGCUCAGGAAAGCACCAGAAACGGGGCCAGAAACGCAAAGAACGUAAAGAAAGCCAGCCUGAGGGACUGCAUGGUCGUGGAAGGGCCUCUCGUGAUGAGACGCUGGCCACUACAAGAGCUUCACCUUCUCCAAAGAAAUGGCAGGCAAACUUCUCUUCUUCGAGGACCCUUGCUCGUGCGGAUGCAGUCCAUCAAAGGAGGAAUGUCAUUGAUAGCCCACAUAUUUCACAAGAAAACCACACGAUUAAAAAACAGGUAUUGGAUGAGGGAAUCGUGCAUGUAAAUGGUAAAGCAGAGAUGAAGAUUUCCCCAAGAAUAGGUUCUCAUUCAAAUGAAGAUGAAGCUGUAGUGAGUGAGAACGGAGGAGGAAGUCCUCCAAUAACUGCCUUCAGACUUUUACAGAGCAACAGCAGCCACAAUCAACAAAGGUAUACAGAUAAAAGUACUGAUGCUGAUCCUCAUGGAGCACAAGCUUCUAGGACUUCUUCUUCAACAGAGGAAAUGACCACCAACCAGGAAGGGAUAAGUUCUUCUCUUGCCCAGUUGGUGCAAAACCAGACACUUGUUGCCACUUUGUUGUCAGAACUGGUGGCAGGCCAGAAGCAGUUGGUAGCAAGCCAGAAGGAUAUGUUGGCAGUGGCAAGGGAUGGGGUAAAUGCCAUUCAAGAAGCCUUAGAACUGUUUAAAAAGUAAAAUCUACAGAUGUGUAAAAUAAAUGUUAAAUAACUUUGUAUUUCUAUAUAGAA